CUCGUUUCAUGAUUCAAAGAUGGUGGUGCCUCGGCACCGAAAAUCGUUCAGGUUUACAAAGAUGUUCACAGUAUACAGUGCCUGUUGCCGGAACAAGUGUCACGAGUUGAUCACUGCUUCCUGGACAUCGCUCUUACCCCAGAGUAAUCCCGAUAUGACUCGUACUGGUCGUCAACGGGGCCUGAGUCAUGCGCUGCAGUGCGUGUCUAGCAGCAAUGACGGCGUAUAAAUGGUAUGAGGAUCCCAAUCAUUUCGAUAUUCAUAGUCACUGUAUCCCAACAUCGUCCAUAUAAGCAAGACUCGUUCACCCCAAUAUUUCUAACAAUAUGUUUACCUCCUUGACCCGCUUUACAAUUUAUCUUGCACUCUCAUCAUCUGUUCUUGGUGCUGCUAUACCCGCAGCCACAGUUACCACAUCUACCGCGGCCGCAACUUCUACAUAUUCUGCAGACUCCCAAUAUAGGGAAGCUAGUGGUGCUCUGUGGAAGAACAAUGUUCACGACAAGGUCUAUUCCUCUGAAGCACCUACGACAACACAGACUACUGAAGUUCUCCGGCGGUCCGGAGAGCUCUGGAAGGAGAGCGAACACGAAGAGGUAGACCCAAUAACGGGCCCCUCUCGCCGAUCCGGCGAGCUCUGGCGCGGAUUGGAGCAUGAGGAUAUUUCCGCUUCCCCCUAAUGCUUGAGUUAUUCCGAGUCAUCCUGAAUCUGGUAUUGAUUGUUCAUGAUUGAGGAACUCCAGCCCUUGCUGUGUAUGCGGAUAUACAGCAAGUUGGCUACUUUGAGCCUUUGCUAUUCAUUACCGACCUUCGCAUGA